AUUUCUAAAUAAAAUGACAUUUUCGUGUUUUUUUUUUUAGCUAUACUGCAACCGGUAAUGGAAACAGGAAACAGUUUGCCCAACAACAUCCCAGAAAUGACUUCGGCUGAGAUUAGCGGAGACGACAACGCUUGGAAUCGAUCGAGCUUAUUGUCUGCAAGUCAGCAGCGUCGAAACAGUACGGGAGGCACUCCUCGCCUAAUACGACACGCCCCAGGACGAGCCACCUCGCCUACUCCAACCAUACAAAGCCGAACGUCAUCGCCGGCAAGUUAUGCAAUAACCCAUGCACCAGUAUCUGCCUUCCACGUGCCCAAUCAGGGUCCGUCAUCUGCUCGUCACAUGCCACACCGUGGUACAUCUCCGGCGCGAUUUGGUUCCAGCCGUUCUGCAUCGCCUGUCUCCGCUCCAGUUCGACACUUGGCAGCUCGUGGGUCUUCUCCCGCUCAAUUUCCAGCAAGUAGAGGGAAUUCACCCGCGGGGCGUGUGUCCCAUCGUAAACCCAAUCCCACUGGACGAGCUAAAGGUCAUGUUAUAACACCAAGGAAUCAUUUGACCACUGCCAACGUACAUGCAACUCCGAGAAGACACAAAAAAUUGAAUGGUAAUGUUACCACUGCGCGGCGCCCCGCUCAGAACAGGACUCGGCGCUCUGCCGCUCCAAAGACGGUUAGCUAUGGUGACUCACUGAGCGAAGGGGAUGGAGCAGGAUUUCUGAGAACCUUGGACAGUAUCCCUGCACAUUCGGGAUCAAGGAGUGCCUACGAUUUCGCCGAAGCCAACAGGCGUACCAUCGCCAAACCCAAGCCCAAAUUGAGACAACUUGAUUUCACAGAAAUAGACCUUGAUGUGACUGAAGAGCUAGAAGAGUCAGACGAUCAAGCUGAUGAGAAGUCAUGGCUACCAACAGGAACAUACGCUGUGUUCCUAGUUACUCUCUGGACGGCUGUGUUGAGACUUAUCGAUAGUGUAGAGGGGAAUGGUCCUAUGGCUUGUUCUGAAGGCGAAGAAACUCGUCUUUGGAUCUGCGCAGCGUUCUUUUCGCUUGUGCAAGGUCUUGCGGAGGCCUUCUGGCAAAGAAAGAACCUGCUAAAAGUCAUUUUCAGUAUGUCCUGUCUGUUUGGGUAUUUUAUCAUUUCGCAUAUUCAGCCUCUCUCGUGUCGUCUUGGAGAGGAUAAAGUCACGGAGAUAAGCAAAUGGCAGGCUGCUAUCAACUUUUUUGUAAGUGCGCUGUUGGGAGUUAGGAUUUAUAGGCACACUUUGGAAUCGAUGCAGGAACGAAAGAUGAUAAGGGAGAGAAAGAAGCGUAGGAGGCAAAGUGAGGAUUCAGAUGAUGAAGUCUUUGAGGGAUUACCAGAGGCUGUAUUAUAACUUAGGAUCUCAAAGACACUUUAUCAAAUGCUGAUCUUACCCAUAUGCAAACUAUGACGAUAUGAUAGAUAUAUGGUCUUUCAUAUAUUCCCUUGCAUAUGCAAACUAGUGACUCGUAACUGCGACAAGAACUUUCCUCGUUCAUUCUCCUCUCAUUUGUAAGGUACUAGAGUGUUUCCAGGCUUAUUCCUUCCAGUAUCAAUACAUUGUCCGGCAGGCGCGAAAAUCAUAAAUUAAUUGAAAUUUUCUUGAUUUGCCGGCAGAUUCUCAAAACCAAACGAUAAAAGAAACCCAUGGAAUCAGUGAGGAGAAUAAACAUUUUUAGCCUAGGAUCGGUGAAACGGAUGAAAAUCUAGCGGUAACCAGAAUUGGUCGUGCUACUUCAAUAGGUGAGAGGCAAAUUUAUGGAAAAGGGGAGAUUUCAAGUAUUCUUGUUGCACUGGGAAAACAGCUGACAUACACAGUUAUUCCAAAGCACAAGCAAAAUACUGGGAAAUGCGGUUUCAUUAUGAACCCAACUGGUCUGUGCGCUGAACGCCAGAACGUAGAACUAGCAAGUCGUCCUUGUAUUAUGUUCUUGGACAGAGCGCUUUACUCUAACAGGAUCUCUUGAUCUCCCACCCCAGUGAAAAUGUAUCCUAGCAAAUGGUAAACGGGGGGAUUAAUUUGACCAACGCUGGUGGUUGAGUGGUGGUAAAUUAGAACAAAACUUUCUAUGUACGGUCUUCCUUUUGAUUAAAACACCUUGUAAAAUUGAAGCCUUACCAAAGGUUCUCUUGCUAAAAUUAUAGAUGACGAUGUUCUUAUCGAGAGAACUACAUACAAUAAGAGAUCAUCUUAGAUAUGAUCUGUAUUCAGUUUUGCGUCGUCCGGGGAACUCAUUGACAUCAGCUAGUAUUUCAUGUGUACUUCGUUUCCCGCGCUACUUAGUUAGACUUCAAUAAAAAAUACAUUAUUUUCAUGGCUCCAUUUUUCUUGGCUAUCGAGUAUUUUAAUCUUUGUCCUUCCAGAACUUGUACCUCGCUACGUAACAUGUACUUUUCCCUCUCCGUUAGCCACUUUGCAAUCACUAGGAAUUUUUGAUUGUCUAGUGACUGCGAGCUAAUGUACCUACC